UAACUGCAAUAGACAAGGAAAAUUUUAUUUACUUAUCUUUAUUUACAUUAAUUAUGAAUGUGGAGUAUAUUUUUUAAAGAACAACUAUACACUUUUCAAUGUAUCAUUCAUCAAAUUUCGGAUAAUUAAAUGCAUGUAUCAUAAAUAAAUACACAUAAAUAUUCUUUAAAUAUUCUUUAUGGCUGAAAAUUUGGAUCAGAAAGAAAUCGCAUCAAACUCAGAGAAUAUAAUAAAUACACAAUCAAACACAGCAUACAAUUUAACUACAUUAGAUCAAGUUGGUUAUCAGGGAACUGAUGCUAACUUACUUGAAAAGGAUGUUACAAUAGACGACAGUGUAGAUCUAGUAGAAAAUGUUAUAGAGAGAAGUAAAAGAGUUGAAAAGCAUAUCGAUGUUAAUUCUAAUUAUGAAAUGGACUUAGGAGACGAUGUUGAUCUAACCGAUGGUGAUGAUGAUGAUGAUGACGGUGAUGACGAUGAUGACGACAAUAGUGAUGGUUCUUCUAGUUCAGGUUCUAGUGUAGCUAGAUUAGUGCGAACUGCACGUAAUUUAGUUCAAGUUGAAAAUGUUGAACCGAUUAAUCAAGAGACAAAUGAAAAUUCACCGCUACCUGAUAGUCAUUUAACUGAUGAAGAGGAACAACAACAAAAUUCAUUAGGAUUAUGUAAAAGUGAUACUGACACAGAUCAAUGUCUUGAUGUGAUUAACAAAUCCACAUUACCAGUUCUUAUCGACACAGAUGGUUCCAUUAAAUCUAUGCGAAUCAGUGCAAAAGCUGCUGCUACACUUGGUAUUGAUUUGUCAGAAAAAACUGGACGACUAUUGACUGUGCCAUAUCAAGUUGAAACGGGUCAUCGAUUUAAAACUAAACAUAAGGAUUAUUUUAAAAAGAAAAUUGAUAAAGAAUUUAUUGGUCAAUUACAACGUGCUAAUAAAAAUGAUGGUGCACCGAGAGAAUCUAUACAUGAAUCCUUAGAACGAUUACCGAUCUUUGAGAAUGAAUCGAAAAAAUCCACAUCUUCUCAACAAUAUCGUCAUGAAAAAAUGGAUGAAUUAUCGAGAAAUUCAGUGUCGCCAGCUGAUUUCAUGUCAACUUCACCAAGACACAGUACUGCAAUGGGUAGUAUUGGUGGAAAAAAGAAUAAAAUAGGGUUUCAAUUCUUCCGACCUAAAUCUUCUGUACAACCUGGUACAAAACUAGUACAAGUGAAAGAACUUAAACGUAUGAUUCGUGCCGGUAAACCAAGCUAUGAACAAAUACAUAAUUGGGGACAUUCGUUUGAAGCUUUAUUAAAUGAUAAAUAUGGAUUAGCUUUAUUUAAAGAUUUUCUCAGUACUGAAUUCAGUGAUGAAAAUAUUGAAUUUUGGAUAGCAUGUCAAGAUUACAAACAUACUACUAAUCCGAAAAAAUUGGCUAUUAAAGCAAAUCAAAUAUUUACAGAAUUUAUAGCAGUUCAAGCUAAUCGUGAGGUUAAUUUAGACUCGAAAACUCGUUUACAAACUGAAGCGGACUUAUCGAAUCCAACAGUGAAUACUUUAGAAAAUGCACAAAAACGUAUACAAGCUUUAAUGGAAAAAGAUUCAUAUCGACGUUUUCUACGUUCAGAAGUCUAUUUAACAAUGUUGAAAGAAGCUAGAGAAACAGCAAAAGCUGCAGCGACAGCAGCCUUAGCAGCAUCACUUCAAGAAGCCAGUGAUGAAUUAGAUGAACCAGUAUUUCAUUUAGUACAUUCAACUACAUAUACAUCACCAUUUUCAUUUUUAAGUACAUUUGGUAGUACAUUCAGUGCACAAAAUACACCAAGUUUAACUUUACCUGGAGUUGCAGCAGCUGCAGCAAAAGCUGAUGCUGGUUUGAAUAAUAUUCAAGAUUUACAAUUACUAGGUUUAUCUACAUCAAGACAUAUGCGUGCAAGUCGACAAAAUUAUUCAGCUGGUAGUCGAUUAGUCACUAAUCCUAUUAUUACUACAACCAGUACUAGUGCUACAGCUUCAUCUCCGAUUGAAAAUAUUUCAGAUCCUAUGCAAAGUAAUGUUACUUGUCAAAUUGGGCCUACAACAACUAAAGUGACAACAUUUACUAGUACUAGUACUAGUACUACUACUACUGCUACUGCUACUACUACUACUAAUUCUUCUAUUAUCCACUCGUCUCACAGUUUAUCCGAAAGUACUGACACCUGUGAUAUUACAACUAAUGUAAAUACAUGUUCAAAUGCUGAAAUGAAUAAUUCUACUGAAUAAAUUACCUAACCAUCUUUUUAAAAGGUUGGAAAUUCUUUUAAACUUAUUUAUUUUAUUAUUACUGAAGUAAGAAACAUUUCAUUCAUUCAAUGACACAGUCAUAAUAUUAGUAAUCAUAGUUAAACCCAAUGAAACCACACAUAUGACAUAUACACAACAAACUAGAUAUGAAUUCAUCCGAAUGUCAAGCAUUACAUGUUUCAACUUAUGUUCUUAUUCUCUUAUUAUUAACAUGAUUAUGGUCAAUGACUAAAACUAUGAUGUUCCCAUCUUUUCAUUUAUCAGCUAAGCGAAAAUUGCCAUUCUCUUCCUAUCUCAUCUUCAUUAUCCCGCUCUUAUCAAUAUCUCUACUCUACCCUGAGAAAUAUAGAUAUAUAUUACAAAAAAACAUUGAACUGUUGAAUAAACUAUUGACAAUAUGACAAAUAUGUGUUGGAAGCAUCAUUAACACUAUCGGUUUUUCUGGAGAAACACAAACAAAUCAAUUGAAACUGAAAACAUUCAACCUGAUUUUCCCCCCUCUCUCUCUCUGUCAAGUUUUUUGUGAUUGUUUAUUUGCUCGAAGAGACAAGUUAGUAAAUAGCAAAGAAGAACAUUUGCUGCUUCAUUCAGAUUGACAUAUAUUGAGCUUUUUUUCCCAUUGUAUUUCGUUUUUUUGUGAUCAUACACUUUUCAAGUUCUUUUGUUUUUUUUUCCUUCUGAAAUUUUCAUUCCUUUUUACAACUUGCAACUUGUCCUGUUUUCUUUUCAUCUUUCCUGGUUGAAUUUUUGUUUGAUUCCGUUUGUUUUGCCUUUUUUGUGAAUUUCUAAAACAUUUCAUCUCAUGUACACUAUGCACAACAAAUAAGGAUAAAUACAUCUUUUUUCUUUCGGAAAUUUUCUUUUUCCCCUCUGUUUGGUUAGGAGAAUUCAUCACAUUUUACCACAACAAAGAACAACAAUGAAAAAAAACCCAGCAACAACAACAACACCACCACCAAGAGUCUCAUUUAUUGAAUAGCACAAAAGAAAUCAAGAGAAAAAAAAAGAAUUCAAAUUAAUGAAAGACAAUUCGAAUUUAUUUGUACAGAUAUACAGAUUUAUUGAAUCAAAUAUUAUACAUAUAAAUAAAUAUAUAUACACGUAUAUUAUUUAUACUAUGUAUUCAUGACACAUUGUU